AUCCUGCUACCAACGGCCCGGGCGCCAUUGGCCCGGCGACGAGAGAAAGAGGGGCUUGUCUAGCGGGGUUGGGGGCCGUGGCCACCGCGGAACGGGGCUCCCCGCUGCUGCGGGGUGAUCGGCGUCGCAGCAGCCAACAUGCACCCCGAGCCCGCGGAGCCCACGGUGGACCCGGCGGCGCAGCAGGAGCCCGGCGUGGAGGAGUCCGCGGGUGACCACGGGAACGCGGGCCAGGGGGGCCGCAAGGAAGAAAUUAAUGAUCCUAAGGAAAUGUGUGUGGGUCCUUCUGACACCUCCUACCAAAGCCAGAGGAAACAGAGUGGGGAUAGCGGGUCAGAUGGUCACUUAGUGCACCCAAGAGGUGACAGGGAAGAUCAGGGCCCCAGAAUGACUAAAAGUUUUCUGCAAAAACUCUGCAAGCAGCACAAGCUGUAUGUUACCCCGGCAUUGAAUGAUACGCUGUAUCUGCACUUUAAAGGCUUCGAUCGCAUCGAGAACUUGGAGGAGUACACAGGGCUGCGCUGUCUGUGGUUGGAGAGCAAUGGAAUACAGAAAAUUGAGAACCUGGAGGCCCAAACCGAACUGCGGUGCCUCUUCUUGCAAGUCAACUUGCUUCAUAAGAUUGAGAACCUGGAGCCUCUACAGAAAUUGGAUGCUCUUAACCUCAGCAACAAUUACAUCAAGACCAUCGAAAACCUCUCCUGCCUGCCUGUGCUGAACACCCUGCAGAUGGCCCACAAUCACCUGGAGACGGUGGGCGACAUCCAGCAUCUGAAGGAGUGCCUGAGCCUCUGUGUCCUUGACCUUUCCCACAACAAGCUGAGUGACCCUGAGAUCCUGAGCGUUCUGGAGCACAUGCCCGCCCUGCGUGUACUGAAUUUGAUGGGAAACCCGGUUAUUAGGCACAUUCCUAAUUAUCGAAGGACAGUCACUAUUCGGCUAAAACACUUAACAUACCUGGAUGACAGACCGGUUUUUCCAAAGGACAGGGCUUGUGCGGAGGCCUGGGCUAGGGGAGGGUACGCCGCUGAGAAGGAGGAGAGACAGCAGUGGGACAGCAGAGAGCGGAAGAAGAUCGCGGACAGCAUUGAGGCCUUGGCGCUGAUCAAGCGGCGGGAGGAGGAGAGAAGGCAGGGGAGCCGAGAGGCAGGGGCGAUGCCACCGCCCAACGACAGGGAGAACUCGCCUGGCAGCGGGGACAGCAAGGACGAGCCUCCCGGGGAUGGCGAAAUGAGGCAGAAAAUGGAGCUGUUUGUUCAGGAAAGCUUCGAGGCCAAGGACGAGCUGUUCCCAGACACGCCCCGCGGAGAAGAUGGGCUGCCCCCAGAGGUCAACGGGGAGACUGAAGAGCAGGAGCCGGAAGGGACCGUCCCAGCCGAGGCCCUGCCACCGCCACCCCUGGCAGCUGCCCGGGAAGAAUCGACUCCCCAGCUUGUGGCCACUGAGGGCGUAGCGGUUACUGAACUCGAUGGAGCUGACACUGAAGACUCAGAAACCGUGAAACCGGAGACAAAGGAGACGUUCUUCAUCGAUGACCUACCUGACCUGGAAGAUGUUGAUACAGGCGAAUCUUUGGACGAUCAGUUUAAGAAAAUGUGCUUUCCGAAGAUUGAGGCCAUCUCGAGCUUGAGUGACGACAGUGACCCUGAACUGGACUACACGUCACUCCCCGUGCUGGAAAACACGUCCACAGACGCCCUUUCAAAUAUAUUUGCUGUCUCGAAAGACAUCUCAAAGGCGGCUCAGGGGCCCUUCACAGACAUAUUUAAAAUAGAGGCAAAGAGGGACGUGGAAACUCAAACACAAGACACCAAGUCCCCGAGACCACUGAUUGAGGAGCUCAGUGACGAGGACCCCUCAGGCCAACCAUCGACAUCCGCUACCUGCUGCAAAGGAGAUGCUGCGUCACUCCCUUCCAGUGGAGACGAGGACACUGGGCUCCCCGAAGCCUCUGCACCAGGAAACAGCACCGAACAGAAUGAAGCGCAUUCGGAGCCUGGGGUGGGGGUGAGCCAGGAGGACACUGAGUUUGGCUUGGACUGAACCCCAAGGCGGCCCCUCUGCCCCUGGACUAACAGUGACAGGGAGCGGGCGCAGGUCACCCCUUCGGCUGGCUCUCCUGCGUCCUGAGCGUGGCAGUGACUGGAGAGCGCCCUCCGGGGCCUUCACCGGACACCUGCCCAAGCCACCUGCUCACCCCUUCUCCCCCAGAGUCCGCACGUGAGGGGCCACACUGCGUUCCUCGUAUCCAGCGUGUCACACCACUUCCCCCAUUAUUUGUAGCAUAAGUAGCAUAAUUAUAAAUGUCUCUUUUUGAGCAUGAUAAACAUGUUGACAUCCA